UCACUCAAUCCUGGCUCUGUUUCUUCUGCUGCUGUGUUGGCUAGCUCCUACAGGGAUCUAUGGAAAAGCGUGCCUAGUAUCGUCUGAUUCAUUCCGUGGCAGAACAGGCAGCCAGAAGACCGUUCUCCAUGAGGAGCAGUAGAAGAUGCCGGCUCUGCCAGCGCUGCUGCUGUCGAUUCACUUUGUCUUCCUGUUACUGACCAUGGCCCCAUCCUCUCACAGCCAGUCCACCGUGCUGUCCUCUGUCAGAAUGGCGGCGAUCCUGGAUGACCAGUCAGUGUGUGGGCGAGGAGAGCGGCUGGCUCUAGCACUGGCCCGGGAGAACAUCAACAGCUUCCUGGAGGGUCCGGCUCGGGCCCGUGUGGAGGUGGACAUAUUUGAGCUGCAGAGGGACUCCCAGUAUGAGACCACCGACACCAUGUGUCAGAUACUACCAAAGGGUGUGGUUUCGGUUAUUGGCCCUGCCUCGAGUCCAGCUUCUGGCUCCACUGUCAGCCACAUAUGUGGGGAGAAGGAGAUUCCUCAUGUGAAAAUCGGCCCUGAGGAGACGCCACGGCUCCCGUACCUGCGCUUCGCCUCCGUCAGCCUGUACCCUAGCAACGAGGACCUCAGCCUCGCCAUCGGAGCCAUCCUGCGCUCUUUCGGAAACCCCACCGCCAGUCUGGUGUGCGCCAAGGCGGAAUGUCUGCUGCGAUUGGAGGAGCUGGUACGACGCUUCCUCAUCUCCAGGGAGACGCUGUCCAUCAGAAUGCUGGACGACAGCUUAGACCCCACCCCCUUGCUAAAGGAGAUCCGUGAUGACAAGGUGGCCACCAUCAUUAUUGACGCCAACGCCUCCAUAUCUUACCUCAUCCUCAAAAAGGCAUCAGAACUGGGGAUGACAUCAACAUUUUACAAGUAUAUCCUCACUACUAUGGACUUCCCCCUUCUCAGGUUAGAUGACAUUGUGGAUGAGCAGUCCAAUAUUGUGGGCUUUUCAAUGUUCAACACCAGCCACCCAUUCUACCUGGAGUUCCUCAGGAGUCUCAAUCUGUCCUGGAGGGAGGGCUGUGACCUCAACCCCUACCCUGGGCCUGCACUGUCCUCGGCGCUGAUGUUCGACGCGGUGCACGUGGUGGUCGGUGCGGUGAGGGAGCUGAACCGCAGCCAGGAGAUCGGAGUGAAGCCGCUCAGCUGCACCUCGCCCCAGAUCUGGCAGCACGGCACCAGCCUCAUGAACUACCUACGCAUGGUGGAGUAUGAUGGCUUGACUGGGAGGGUAGAAUUCAACAGCAAGGGCCAGAGGACCAACUACACCCUCCGGAUUCUGGAGAAACACAGAACGGGACACAAAGAGAUUGGAAUCUGGUACUCUAACAACACACUGGCCAUGAACUCGACCUCUCUGGAUAUCAACGCAUCCGAGACACUGGCCAACAAGACACUCAUCGUCACCACCAUAUUGGAGAACCCGUACGUGAUGCGCAGGGAGAACUACCAAGACUUCAAGGGCAACGACCAGUACGAGGGCUUCUGCGUGGACAUGCUGAGGGAGCUGGCCGACAUCCUCAAGUUCUCCUUCCGGAUCAAACUGGUGGACGACGGGCUGUACGGAGCCCCGGAGCCCAACGGGUCCUGGACGGGAAUGGUGGGGGAGCUCAUUAACAGGAAAGCAGACCUGGCUGUGGCUGGGUUCACCAUCACAUCAGAGAGGGAGAAAGUCAUUGACUUCUCCAAACCCUUCAUGUCGCUUGGUAUAAGCAUUCUCUACCGGGUCCAGCUGGGGCGGAAGCCUGGCUAUUUCUCCUUCCUGGAUCCAUUCUCCCCAGCUGUGUGGCUUUUCAUGUUGCUCGCCUACCUGACCGUCAGCUGUGUCCUUUUCCUGGCUGCCAGGAUGAGCCCGUACGAGUGGUACAACCCGCACCCCUGUCUGCGGGAGCGCAAGGACAUGCUGGAGAACCAGUACACGUUGGGGAACAGCCUGUGGUUCCCUGUCGGGGGCUUCAUGCAGCAGGGGUCCGAAAUCAUGCCCCGCGCCCUCUCCACCCGCUGUGUCAGCGGCGUGUGGUGGGCAUUCACUCUGAUCAUUAUCUCCUCCUACACGGCCAACCUGGCCGCCUUCCUGACCGUACAGAGAAUGGAGGUGCCCAUCGAGUCACCAGACGACCUGGCGGACCAGACCAACAUUCAGUACGGCACCAUACACGGGGGGAGCACCAUGACCUUCUUCAUGAACUCGCGAUACCAGACGUACCAGCGCAUGUGGAACUACAUGCACUCUAAGCAGCCCAGCGUGUUCGUGAAGAGCACGGAGGAGGGCAUCGCCCGCGUGCUCAACUCCAAAUACGCCUUCCUGCUGGAGAGCACCAUGAACGAGUACCACCGCCGGCUCAACUGCAACCUCACGCAGAUCGGCGGGCUGCUGGACACCAAAGGCUACGGCAUCGGCAUGCCGCUGGGCUCUCCGUUCAGAGACGAGAUCACGCUGGCCAUCCUGCAGCUCCAGGAGAACAACCGCCUGGAGAUCCUGAAGCGCCGCUGGUGGGACGGGGGUCAGUGUCCCAAAGAGGAGGACCACCGAGCCAAGGGUCUGGGAAUGGAGAAUAUCGGGGGCAUAUUUGUGGUGCUGAUCUGCGGCCUGAUCAUUGCCGUGUUUGUGGCCAUCAUGGAGUUUGUGUGGUCGACGCGGCGGUCGGCCGAGACGGAUGAGGUACGCCCUCACGCCUGUCCUCGCCGAAAUCACAGACACACCCCAGUGUCCGUGUGCCAGGAGAUGCUGACGGAGUUCUGUAACGCGGUCUCCUGCAAGAAGACUUCCCGCUCCCGGAGACGACGACCCCUGGCUGGCCCCGGGGGGCCCCGCCACCCCACGCGCGUCUCCCUGGGGGCGCCGCGCCCGCUGCGGCUGGUACGGGAGAUGCGCCUGAGCAACGGCAAACUGUACAGCGGCUCAGGGUCCCUGACGGGGGCCGCCGGGGCCGGGGGAGGCCCCUCGGACCUGGGCCCGGGGCCACAGCGCCUGCUGGAGGACCCGCUGGGGGCCAACACCACCCCUCCGCCCUCCCUGGGCCCUGCGGUGCCCCCCCGCAGCUGCGCCCACGUCCGCAUCUGCCAGGAGUGCCGGAGAAUACAGAGCCUGCGGCCCUCGUCCUGCAGGAUGACCCCCCCGUCCUCCUCCAUAAUCCCAGCCCGCCUGCCCCCGCCUCCUCCCCCCUCGGCCUCCAACACAGACAGCGAGGGGGGCGGUGGGCCCAGCCCCCGUCGGCGAAAACUCACGCCCCCGCCACGACCUCUCCCUCCCGCAAAGACCAGUACCAGCACAGACCUCCUGGGGGAAUAG